CAAUUGAUACCCGUAAAGAUACACACGGGCCCGCCCAAGUGUAAGAAAAAAAAUAGUCUUUGAGGUUUGAGACUCUGUUGAAGCUCUCUGGGGUUUUGUGACACUCAGGUUUUGAGAGACAGUGAAGUUUCCGAAAGCCGCAAUGAAUCAAUCUUGCAAUGAAUCAAUCUUGUUUCAUCUGUUUCUCCUGGACUGAGCUUUCAUCCAGGAGAUGACACCAAGUUAACCAUUUUCUAAUUCAUAUGUCUAAAACCCUUCUCUCCCGCAUUAAACCCCUCCAUAACCCAAAACCAAAACCCCCUUCUUCUUCUUCCAACUUCCCGUUAACACGCCGCAUCAAAGAAGUUGUUAACGAGGUCUGUCAAAUCCUCCAUACCCAACAACAAUGGGAAGACGCUGUCGAAAUCCGUCUUUCACAGGAAGAAAUUGUCCCUCCUGACAUUGCACACCUUGUGUUUGACAAACUUAAGGAUGCUCAUGUGGGUCUCAAGUUCUUUGAUUGGGUAUCUCAAAGACCCGAUGGUUGUCCCCUUGAUCGUUUUGCUUGUUCUUCUCUUUUGAAACUCUUGGCUAAGUUUAGAGUUUUUCCUGAAAUUGAUAGUUUGUUGUCCAGCUUGACUACUUGUGAGGAUAAGUUUCCUACUCUUGAAGCAUUGGAUGCUGUAAUUAAAGCUUAUUCUGAUUCUAAUUUGGUUGAUAAAGCUGUUGAAUUGUAUUAUUUUGUACUGAGGACUUAUAAUUUGGUUCCACAUGUAGUUACUGUGAAUUCUUUACUUCAUGGUCUUGUAAAACAUGGUAAGAUUAAAACUGCUAGAAGACUCUACGAUGAGCUCGUUGAGAGAAGUGGCGGUGUUGAGGAUAAAUUUUUGGAUAAUUUUAGCACUUGUAUUAUUGUUACAGGGUUGAGUAAAGAAGGGAAUGUGGAAGAAGGCAGGAAAUUGAUUGAGGAUAGGUGGGGUAAAGGUUGUGUACCAAAUGUUGUUUUUUACAAUACAUUGAUUGAUGGCUACUGCAAGAAGGGUGACAUCAGAAGAGCAUACGGGCUUUUCAAUGAGUUGAAAUUGAAGAGCUUUUUACCCACAGUGGAGACUUAUGGGGCACUGAUAAAUGGGUUUUGUAAAGAUGGGCAUUUUGAGAGAGUUGAUAUGCUUGUGCAGGAGAUGGUUGAGAGAGGUGUGAUUGUCAAUGCCCGAGUGUAUAAUACCAUCAUUGAUGCUAGGUGUAGGCAUGGUUUUACUGUGGAAGCAAUAGACACUGUAAGGAAAAUGGUUGAAGCUGGCAGUAAGCCAGAUAUCGUGACAUAUAACAUAUUGAUCUCUUAUUCAUGCAAGGAUGAGAAAAUUCAGGAAGCUGAAAAGUUUCUAGAUCAGGUUAAGAAUAUGCGGCUGGUGCCUACCAAGUUUACUUAUACUCCUUUGGUACAUGCCUACUGCAAAUUUGGUGAUUUUGAAAGGGCGUUAAGUUUGCUUGCUGAGAUGACAGAGUAUGGUGAAAAGCCCGAUGUGUCAACUUAUGGAGCUCUUGUCCAUGGAUUGGUGGUCUCUGGUGAAGUUGAUGUUGCAUUAGUCAUUCGAGACAAGAUGAUUGAAAGGGGAGUAUCACCUGAUGCUGGAAUUUAUAAUGUUCUGAUGAGUGGGCUCUGCAAAAAAUUGAAGCUUCCCGCCGCCAGGCAGCUCCUUGAUGAGAUGCUUGGCGGUGGUAUAUUGCCUGAUGUAUAUGUUUAUGCCACUUUAGUUGAUGGAUGUGUAAGAAAUGGGGAAUUUCAGGAAGCAAAGAAGCUAUUUGAGCAGACAAUUGAGAUGGGUAUGGAUCCUGGGCUUGUGGGGUACAAUGCCAUGAUCAAAGGAUACUGUAAGUUUGGAUUGAUGAAAGAUGCAGUUGCUUGCAUCAGUAGAAUGAAAAAGUCAAAAAUAUCUCCAGAUGCCUUUACUUAUUCAACAGUAAUUGAUGGGUAUGUAAAGCAAAAUGAUUUGCGCCGAGCAUUAAUGAUACUCCCUCACAUGGUAAAGCGCAACUGUAUGCCAAAUGUGGUAACAUACAGCUCUCUAAUUUAUGGAUUUUGUCAGAAUGGAGAUCUAAUGAGAGCUGAAAAGUUGUUCAACGGAAUGCAAUCGAUUGGUAUGAUGCCUAAUGUGAUAACUUAUAGUAUAUUAGUUGGUAGCUUUUGUAAAGUGGGAAAACUUGCAAAAGCCGCUUCUAUUUUUGAACAAAUGCUCAUGCACAAGUGCUAUCCAACUGAUGUCACAUUCAAUUAUUUGGUCAAUGGGUUUUCCCAUUGCACGCAUACUAUUUUCUCAAAAGAGAAAAAUGAUGAGAAGUGCUCUAAGUUUAUGGCAAUUUUUAAAAGAAUGAUAUCAGAUGGUUGGCACCCGAGAAAUGCUGCAUACAAUUCCAUUAUCACCAGUCUCUGUUUACAUAAAAUGCUCAAAACUGCAUUGCAAUUACGUGACAAGAUGAUUAGUAAAGGCUACACUACAGAUUCAGUUACCUUCGCCGCCUUAUUACAUGGAAUUUGCUUGAAUGGAAAAUCCAAGGAAUGGAAAAGUAUUAUCUCCUGCAGCUUAAGUGCGACAGAACUGUCUGUCGCUUUAAAGUAUUCUUUGAUAUUUGACCAGUACCUGAGUCAUGGAUUCAACUCUGAGGCUUCAGUAAUUUUGCAUACCUUGGGUAAAGGCCAUGUCUCAUAAUCAAGAUGAAACUGAUGUUAAGUUUUUGGUAAGCUUGGUCUGGCAGAAGACUGAAGGUCUUCAUUAUUGCUCUUUUAUCGAGAGAGCAUAUGUAUGGAUCUUCUAUAAGAUGGAUGGAGCUCUUUGAUUGUAGCUUUAUGUGAUCUUCUGUGCAGAUUGAUGGUUUUGCAGCCUACUGACAUCCAAUUUUGGGUGCAUUUCUGCUACAGCUCAUUUAGGUGUUCUCUCUUUUGGUGGUAGUGCAACUAAAACAGGGCGGGAAAACUUGUCUUUUUCCUGUCAUGACUCUUUGACUUAAUAACAACAAAUAUAAAAACACCAUUGAUAGCAAUUUAUCUGGUUUCAUGCAGGUGAUAUUCAUUGGAAAAUUAAUACAUCAGAUGCCAAAAGAUUGACUCUCUUCUCUUGUGACUGACGCAAUGAACUCAAUACUUCUUUGUACUAGAGCAAGCUCUUCGGAGAAAGUGUCAUCCCUGUAAGACGAUAUGAUUAAAGGAUAUCUCUUUUCUCAAGGUGCAUUUGCUUUGAGCUUCGAAAAAUGUGCCCAUAUCCGUAUUUGGUUUGAUGUGAUGUGGGGGCUUAGCACUAAAAAGAAGAAUUCCAACUUAAUCUUGACCAAAACUUAUAAAGAAGCCACAGUUCACCAGAGGUUAUUAGGUAUGGAGGUCAGGUAUUGUUAUCUCUUGGUCAGGAGGCCCGUCCAAGAUUCGGAAUGGAAUGAGAUUGCAAUGUUGAUUCAAGUGCAAUUCAGAGAGGACAGAUUUGGGCAGGCUGAACCUCAAAUGUAAAACAACCCUUAUCUAGGAGAGGUGUCGUCAGGCCCAUAUGGAAGCUGGUAUGGAGGACUAAGGCAGCAAAAAUAGUUACAUACACUGUUAGUUGGUGGUAUCUGCACAAAGGAUCAGAGCCAAAGGUGGUUACUACAUUGCAAUUUCACAGUGGAGUUAUGGUCUUACUACAUUUAAACUGUCAUGGGAUUUACCUAGUUGGAGAAUGAGCAGGCUGGAUGAAUUUGUGGAAGACGACAUGGUGCAUUUUUCAGUUGAUUUUGAGAGAGAAAUGUAGUACUAGAUUUUUUGAGGGAGUUCCUUCUGUGGAAAUCAGAACUCUUUCCAAAAUGAUUUGAUUUUUCUUCUUGGGAUUGUGCGUUUAACCCUUUACAGUAAAACCCAAAUUUGGUUUGGUAUCGAUGAUUUUCUUUUAGUUUAUAUCAUUUUUUAGAUGA